CCGAACUCGCCCAAACACACAAUACAAACCAAAACAACAAACACCUCCAGCCCCCCGACAACCCCCAAUUCCACCACCACCAUGGCCAAAAGCAAAAAACUCACCAAACCCACCGCCGACAACCCAUCAUCCACCACCCCCCCGAUCACCUUCACCCCCCCCGCCUGCCUGCACGACGGGCACGCCCUCCCCCACCUAAUCGUGCUCGACCUCGACUACACGCUCUGGCCCUUCUACUCGGACAUCCACAUCUCGACGCCCGUGCGCCUCGUGCCCAGCUCCCACCCGCCCACCCUCGCCGACCGCAACGGCGAGUACUUCGCCCUGUACCCCGACGCGCCCCACAUCCUGCGCCUGCUGGCCGCGCUGCCCAACACGCGGCUGGCGGUGGCGAGUAAAUCGCCCGUGGGCGAUCUGUGUCGCGAGGUGUUGAAGUUGUUGCGGUUGCCGCCGCCGCUGCCGCUGGCGGAGGGGGUGCCUGGGGGUGGUGGGGGGGAGAAGGGCGGGCCGAAGAGGACGAUUGAUGCGUUUGAUGCGGGGUUGGAGAUUUAUGAGGGGAGUAAGCUGAGGCAUUUUGAGGUGCUGGCGAAGCGGACGGGGAUUCCGUUUAGUCAGAUGUUGUUUUUUGAUGACGAGCGGCCGAAUCUGGAGGUGGAGAGCUUGGGGGUGACGAUGAGGCUGAUUCGGGAUGGGUUGACGUGGGAGGAGCUGGAGAAGGGGAUCAUGCAGUGGCGGGGGAACCAGGGGGCGGCGUGAGACGAGGGCCGGGAUUUAGCACAGCGUAGAUGUUGCGUAGAUGUUUGUGUUAGAGAUAGACAGGCCGGUCGGAGGCAUACACGGGUUUGGGGAGCUGGACCGGACAGGUGGGAUAGGCCACCGCGCCGCGUAAGGUACUACACUGGCGGCGACAAAGCGUGCCGUUGCCGGUGGCUGGGAUCGUGGUCAAGGAAGAACCAGCGGGGACGAUCCGCGUGACCAGGAUAAACAGAGGCACACGUAGUAGUGUAGUGU